AUGUCCUUCAUCACUGAACAUCGGCCCCGUGAAAUCCUGUUCCGCAGCGCUUUGGGACUCACUGCAACGUCAUAUGCAGAGCCACGAAGAAGCUUCAUCAGAACCAAACGACUCCAAUUCUUCAAAGAGGACACGCAGGUCUUGCGUAACGAGGGCAUGCCAUGCAAGACACGGCAGCGGAACUGCGUGUAUGUUUCCACAAACCAACGGAGAGCCAAGAAUUUUGGUGAAGGUGUGGCUUGGAAUGUCGAUCAAGCAACAGAUGCCCACGUUACGCCAGAAUCUACUGGUACACAUGUCCAUUCGUCAAGCUACAGUGACCUCUUGGAACACCAAGGCCACUUCACAAGUACUGAGCCGUCAGGAUGCGAUGGCCAUCCUCACAAUCCUGACAGCUAUCCUAGUUUACUAGGGUCUAUAAGUCAUCUCGGACCUCAAGCUUUCGAAACGUCAGACUCACUGCUUUAUGACCCAACCCAAUGGUGUUUUCUAACCUCCGAAAACCACAACUGGUUGAAUGGCGCGGUCAGUGAUGACGUUUGGAAAGGUGCAACACAAAUUGGUGACACUUUCGAUACUGUACAAUGGUCCAGAAAAGAAAGCGAUAGUCUUCAGGAGCGGAUUCCGGACUCUUUGUUACAAACGAAAGCACGAUCAGCAGCGCCAGACAUUGCCACCAAUCCCCAGGACGCUGCGACUGACGUGGAUCAGGGAGUGACAUCCACGGAGGUUGCAACGCCACUACUGUCAGAUGAGGCCCCGAGGCCCAAUUUCACAAACCAUUCUGAGCUAUCGGCUACUUUCCAAGAUGCGCUGAGAAAACCCGCCGCACUUGGAAGAGACUGUGGGAACAAUGCGGCCAGUGAGGUAGCUAAACGCAGACGGCAAACCCGUUUUGUCACAGAUGAUCUUGAGGGGCUCUCCUAUAUUCCACGAUCCUCUUUUCUAAGAAAAGACCCUAGCAUCAAUCCCGAUGCUUGGCGUCUCGAGGACUAUGAGCAUGUCCCGAAUUUGAACACAGAUGUCUACAGCUUCAUCAGUACGCAAUUUGCCCGGUUGAACGCUGACAACUCCUUCCAUCUACCCUUCACAGACGAACCAUUUCCCUCUUUUGAGGCCAUCAACGCCUUUGUACAAUCCUAUUUCGAACAUUAUCAUCCUGUUUUCCCGCUGCUUCAUCAAGCUAGCUUUGACCCCAAACACUCACAUUGGGUCUUAGUCAUUGCCGUUGCGGCAACAGGAUGUGGGUUUUCUGUGCUUGGCACGACAAGAACAAGUUUUAUACUUCAAGAGCUGCUGCGCCGUUCAAUCAAUCUCUACUUCGAGCUGGAAACCGAGCCAGAUCUCAAGUCCGAGCUAAGCAUUGCUCAAGCGAUUUUGCUUAGUCAAAUUGGCUUAAUGUUCUCAGGCAAUAUGUCGUUUUCUGAACACGCACAGAAGAGCAUGUCUCUAUUGGCGACAUUUUGCAGAAAAGCCAACUACUUUACAGAGUGUCCACCAGUCGACCUCUCAUCUCCCACAAGACGAAAUGAUUGGUCAAAAUGGAUCUACACAGAAUGCAAACGGCGCCUCGUUCAUUUAUCCUGGCUCUUUGACAGCCAAAUUUGCGCUUUUUUCGACUUGCCUCCUACAAUACCGACUGAUCUUCUCCGACUGCCCAUGCCAUCCGUUGAUUCACUUUGGAUGGCACGAUCAUCUGAGGAGUGGAAUGAAGAGCUCUCGGAACUUUCAAACCUUGGCAAGCCGAGAUCCCUCCGAGAAGAGGUCAAUAGCUUUUACAGAACACAAAAGCUUCCGGAAGCAACUAGCGAACUCAACACAAUCCUCCUCACUCUAGCAGUGUAUCGCGACGCUGGGAGCGGAAGGGACACCGUCUCUUACCUGAAUCUUUUACGAAACGAUAAAUGCCAAAAUUCCCCGGAAACCCCACUUGGCUGGGUCGCCUUGCAGCACAACCAUCUUCUGAGCCUCCUGACCCACUUGUCUUUACGGGAUCUCAUGGUAUUCUCGGGCUGGCGGGUCAGUGGUCAUGAACAUAAGGCAGCAUGCCUGAGGCUGGCUUCAUGGCUCGCGCAGAAUCCGAGAAAGGCUCGUCUGAUCAUCUACCACGGCGCUCAACUCUUCAGCUCGAUACGGGAUCAUCCCACCCAAGGGCAUCACGAAGCAAACAGUUUUUUGGUUGCAACUCUCGGAAUAUGGGCAUCUACAGCAGUCAGAACAGGCGAUGUUUGCUCCAAUCUCGGUUCGGAGGCUGGUCGAACUGCAACCCCCCUACUCUCCAACGAAAGCAGUAACUUCGAUGAUUGUUCCGCAGAAAACCUACGAAGUAGGAAAACUAUAAGACUCGACAAGCCAGUCCCUAUUGACAAAGUAGAGCCAUGGAUCUCAGGGGCUUCGCUCUAUCGGCCAUACCUGAGUGGAGUUGGUGCGCUCACGAGCCAGGAUGUGUGCAGUCAUCUGCUGGAAGAGGGUGUGCGUGUUCUUUCUUCUCAAUCAUGUUGGUCUAUUGGCUUGGCUAUCAGUGUGGUCCUGCGGGCGCAUUGGACAACAAAACACAAAGAACAGGAAUAG